AUGGCCUCGAAGGUGGGCGUCGCCGUCGCUCUGCUCUUCCUGCUGGCGAGCAUCGCCGUCCUCAUCUCUGUCUCCGUCGUCCAGGUUCACAAGGCCGCAUACUCGUCCCCUGGUUUGAAGUAUGGGAUCGUCCUCGAUGCAGGUUCAUCUCGCACUACUAUCUACCUGUACCAAUGGCCUGCAGAGAAGGAGAACAACACCGGGGUGGUCAAUGAGACCAUGAAAUGUCGUGUUGAAGGUCCUGGGAUAUCAAGCCUUGGUCAAAACCCAGCCCAGGAUGAGGCCUCCUGGAGCUCUAUGAAAAUGUGUAUGGCAGAGAUUAUGGACAAAAUUCCCUCCUCCCAGCAAAAUACCACCCCACUUUUCCUUGGUGCAACAGCUGGUAUGAGACUCCUAAGGCAAAAAAAUAAUACAGCCUCAGACAAAAUCUUACAGGACAUGAGGGAAUACCUCCAGAGAUUACCUUUGAGCUUCCAGAAUGCCUCCAUUAUCUCAGGAGAAGAGGAGGGGCUCUAUGGUUGGAUCACCGCUAACUACCUGAAGGGAAAUCUUAUCGAGAGGAACCUGUGGAACGCCUGGGUUCGACCGGGAGGAGCAGAAACAGUUGGGUCCUUGGACCUAGGUGGGGCAUCCACCCAGAUCGCCUUCUCUGUCCCUUCAGAAGAGGUGCCAGGAGACCCAAGGCCAGAUGGCUUCGUGGAAGUGUGGCUGUACGGGUACGAGUACAACGUGUACACCCACAGCUUCACGUGCUAUGGGAAGGAUGAGGCAGAGAAGAAGGUCCUGGCGAGCCUUGUGCAGAGGUCCUCCCUAAGAAAGGUGGAAAAUCCAUGCUACCUACAGGGAUACAGCAUCACCUUGUCUGCUGAGUACAUCUUUGGGACCCCCUGCAAUGAGAAGCCCAAAAAUUACAACCCUAAGCAGGAGAUCACCUUCGUGGGGACAGGCGACCCGGUCCUGUGCAGAGCCACUGUGCGCACCAUGUUCGACCUGACCUCCUGUCAGGGCCUGUCCAACUGCUCCUUCAACGGGGUCUAUCAGCCCCCCGUGUCUGGGAGUUUCAUGGCCUAUGCUGGGUUUUCUUACAUCGUUGAGAUGUUUCAGCUGAAUACUUCAUUUAGUCUGGACACCUUCAAUUCCACCAUCUGGUCCCAUUGCUCCACACCCUGGCAGAAACUUAAAGAAAUGUACCCCAAAAAGAAUGAAAAAUACCUGAGGACUUACUGCUAUUCGUCAAAUCUAGUUUAUACCCUGCUUGUCGACGGCUAUGGAUUCAGUCCUCAGACGUGGAACAACAUUAGGUUUCAAAAUAGGAUAAACAAUAACAGUAUAGCCUGGCCCCUGGGGUACAUGCUGACCCUCUCCAACAAGAUCCCAGCUCAAGCCAAGCUGUUGCAACUGCCCAUGGACAACUCUGUGUUUGCAGGGCUCCUCUUCAUGUUCUCCGCCCUGGCCAUCCUCAGCGUCAUGUUCCUCAUCAUUUCAGUCGUCCGGGCUUGUUAUUGA